CCCCUCCGCCCGGGCCCGCCUGCUGCCUCUGGGACGUCGCAGCGCCCCUGAGGGGCCACCUUCUAUAGCCCUGCGUCCCCCACCGCGACUCCCACCUCGGCCCCAAGUUCACUUUCAGCCUUCAGAGGCCCCGUGGCCUCCUCUCCGUGCUACCCCGCCUCACCAUGCGAGCAAAAACACAUCCCGAGCCCUACGGUCGUGGGGCUUAAACUACGCUGGGGCGACAGGCCAGUGGACUUUGGCCGGUGCCGUGAGUGCUCUGAGGACCGGCCCACGGAGCUGACGCCAAGUAAGGGAGGCCUCUGGUCUGGUCCUUGGGCCCCAGAGGCUCGCCUAGGGAAGCGAUAUUUGAGCUGAGCCUUGAGGGACUACGGGAGAAGCAAGUGGGUCUGAUGAGGUCGGUGGAUCCCCUCUACACCUGAGAAGCUCUUUGAGGUCAAGGAUCCACCAAAGAGUUCUGCACUGUGCUUUGCUGAGAUAAGCACUGGGUUUUCAGUGAAACUGGAUUGGAUUCAAAUCUCGCCUCUGCCUUCUGUGAAUCUGUGACCUGAGGAACUACCUAGGUCAUACAGUGAUAUUCUUAAGAUGGCCUUGUAGAAACUCAGCUACUGACAGCAAUGGCCCAAGAGUCCUGCAGAUCUGAAGUUAGCAUCCAGAAAUGGUGACCCUUCUAACACCACUCUCAUUCGAAGGCUCAAUGAUCUCAUCUUUGAAGAUAAGAAGAGGUGGGAUCUCUGGUGACUCGAUUGAAGUCCUCCCUGCCCCCCGAAACCUGCAGAGCACAGAGCUUUUGGAAUAUACACCACCCUGAUAUCAAAGGAAGGAGCCCUGUUGGAGGAAUUGACAUUUCCCCUCUCAUCUCUGGGUUAAUGGAAAGACCUGUAUUCAAAGUCCAGGCACAAAAUAAUACAGGCAUUUACUGGCCAGGUGGGAAUUCGCCAAAACAGAAGCCUGGAUUGGUCUGUCAAAGUGACAUCAUGGGAUAAAAGAGAUGGAGCCGUGAAAACAAGAUGAGCCAGAGAUCUGCAAAUGUGAAACACCUGCCCAGAUCAAGAGGUGGGCAAUUGUGGCGGAAAUGGCCCAGAAAAUUACAACCUUCUCUUCUACUUGUGUUUUAGGAGAGUAUCUAAAUUUGACCAGAAAAAAGUCUUUGUUCAUUGAAACAGGACCAAACGUAUACUAUGCUUUGUCAUCACAUGGUUUGCUCAUUACCUUUCAAGUCCUAGCUCAAAGCUCCCCACUCCAAAGGGCCACCUGGACACUGCCUCAGGAGAUUCCAGGGAAGUAAAGGUUGUUUCUCUUCACGUCUGUAUCCUCAGCUCUGUGAUCAUGCUCAGCACAUGAGAAUGGCAAUGGUCUCUGCGAUGCCCUGGGUCCUGUAUUUGUGGAUAAGUGCUUGUGCGAUGCUGCUCUGCCAUGGAUCCCUUCAGCACACUUUCCAGCACCAUCACCUGCGCAGACCAGAAGGAGGGACAUGUGAAGUGAUCGCUGCGCACAGAUGUUGUAAUAAGAACCGCAUUGAGGAGCGAUCGCAAACAGUCAAGUGUUCCUGUCUACCUGGGAAAGUGGCUGGAACGACAAGAAACCGACCUUCCUGUGUCGAUGCCUCCAUAGUGAUUGGGAAAUGGUGGUGUGAGAUGGAACCUUGUCUAGAAGGAGAAGAGUGUAAGACACUCCCUGAUAAUUCCGGAUGGAUGUGUGCUACAGGCAAUAAAAUCAAGACCACAAGAAUUCACCCAAGAACCUAACGGAAGCAUUUGUUAUAGUAAUAAAGGAAAACCUACUCUGUGGAAAAUACAUUUUAAGAAUUUAAAACAUCUUAUACAUUAGAAGCCAAAUGGAUUUCUUAUUUGCACUUUGACUGAUUACCAGAUAAUCACAGUGCUUUUACUGUGUGUCACGAAGUCUCCUAAAGUGAGAAGACCCGGAGUUUUGGGCAACACCAUGGAAAGUGGGUUAAGGAAAAAAAGGGUUUUCUCAAUGCAAAUUUUUGGGAUCACAAAGAAAGAUCAACUGUCUUCUAAUUUGGAUCUAUAGUUACUUUGUACCAUUUGAAAUAUAUGUAUAUAUAUAAUAUUUUGAAAUAUUAUAUAUUCUCUUCAAAAAAUGAACUGUACCACAGUUUGAGGCGGCUGGUGUACCUCUUUGAGUUUUGGAUGUUUUGUUUUGUUUUGUUGUCAUUUCUUUUUCUAUCGGCAAGGAAAUCACGUGCCCUUUUGAGAGGUCGGCAUGGCACUCACACUGGAAGGCCAGCUACAGGUGGACUCCUGGAAUCUGAGAGAUCAGAACGAUACUGAGUCAAAAGCUUCCUUCUCUUUCUACUAGAUGGCCCAAGGAAGCACAUCGUCCUGUUUUAUUGUUCUCUACCCUGUGCAAUGUUAGCAUGCAAGCUUGGCUUACAUAACCAUACUUUAUAUUCAACUGGUAUAUAAUAACCGUUCUAACCUCUUCCAGGAAAAUAUUUUUAGAACUACUAGCUUUUCCACAGAUAAGAAAAAUGAGGAUUCUUGAGGGAGCCGCUCCACCAUGCUAUUAAGACUCUGGCAGAGUGAUGGUCAUAUGUGGAUCCCUGUAUUAAGUUCUGUAAAUACAAUGUCUUAAGGCUUUGUAUAGCUGUCCUAGACUGAAGAAAUGUCCUCUGAUUAAAUCCAAAGUCUGACAUCAUUAAUUACAUAGUGCUGUAGCAACAAGUCUUAUCACAGCACAUCUUUCUAUAUUUGAUUUGCUUUUUCCAAGAGUGUUCAGAUCUCUUCUGGUGAGAUGGGAAGACCAUUAAAGAAAUUAGGUUUCAGAAUGACCCUUGUGACCAAAUGUUGGACAGCCCUAUUAAAGUGGUAAAUAACUGCUUUCUAAAUCUACUUGUCCUCUUCAUUUGCCAUUUACUUUUCCUCAGUCUGCUUUAGCCAAAUCCAGAGAACACCCGCUUAGCGACACAUAGUCCACCGGAAGUUUUUGCAUGACGUCAUUGCUGCCAUCAUAACCAAUAUUUCCAACUCUAAUAGUUUGAAAACUAGAAAUUCAUUAUUACAAGUUCAAUGUUCUCAGCCAGCAAGAUGAACUGUCAGACCCUAUUAUUGGGCUUCUAUAGUGAUCACUUGGAUGAUACGUAUUGGGCUCACCCCCCAAAAGAUCAAUUUGUGUCCAUCUUUUUUUGAGAGUUACUCGGCUGAUACUUAUAAGAAGGAAAUAUCUACUUAAAUUCUAGUUUACCUGGUAGAGCAUAAUAGUACUAUAAAUUCCUGUUACUUACCCUAUCAUAUUGCAAGUGUAUUUUUUUUCUUCAAAGUCUUUUCUCCAGAAUACAUGUUAUUAGGGGCUGUUACUAGAUCAGCAGCACAGUGGGUCUCCUAGUGUGGAAUUUUUAAGUUAAAUUUUGGGUAAAAUCCAGAGGCUCCUUCAUCUCUACCAAUAUACCUUGAAGUCUGAUUGAAUAUAUAAACACUCUAACCAGGUGGAUUUGUUCUGCAUCUUGAAUGCCUAUAAAAGCAUCCAAAAAUGGAAAUGGAAUCCUCAUUGCAAAAUCUGAGCUUCCUAAAUACUUUCACAAAUAUUUUCCAGAAGGUAGCAUAAAAUUCAUACCAACAAAUCAGAAUUCCUUUAAUUUUAUGGUCCAUAACCAUGUGCCAAGUGAUAUAUUAGAAAUUGAUUUUCAUCUGUAAGUUUUGGAGUGAAAACUGAAAUCAUAAACCCAAAGAAUUAUCUAGAACAGUACAUCCCAAGAUGUGGAGGAAGAAACAUCUAUAAUCCAAUAUAUUGGGGAAAUUUUUUUCAACAAAAUAAAUAGAAAUAUUUACUGAGGGAUUCUCAGAGCCUUUAAUACACCAAAAGACACUGUGUGUCUUCAAGAAAGACUGAAACAACGGGAGCCAAGUAAAAGGCUUCCAGAAUCCAGGCAUGUUGGUUGGUCCUUGACUAAUGGAGAGCUCGUUCCCUGACUAAUGGGAAGCUGCAAGAAAUUAUGUCUGUGUGAGGAUAUGUUCACUGUGUUGUCAUGUCUUCAGUUUUUCUAGAGAACCGAAAGUCUGGAUUCUACAUAAAAUCUUCUAACAUUCUUAAAUAAGAUGAACCAAAAUGUGAUUACUUCCAUUAAAAAAAUUCUGCAAGCGUUAUUAUUGCCCAAAAUGUCCUGACCAUGUGGCCUUUUUUAUGAGAUUAGUGUUUUCUGGAAUACUCUUUGAAAAGUGUUGGUCCUGAAUAAAAAUCCAAUGAGAAGCAAAAGGGAUAUUCUGUUUUCUGUGGCCUCACACAUACAGACCAUUCUCAUGAUUCACAAUACGUGGGGGUCACAGCUUUUUCUGUUCUGUAACCUGAGCCUGUAAAUCAAUGAAGGAGCUGGUCUAGAGGUUCAAGUCUGUUAGUUCAUCUCCUGCUGGUCGCUUAAUGCAGUAGCUUCCCUGGGAAAGACCUGGAAGAAGAGAGAAGGGGGAAAAAACCCACCACAUCAGAAUCAAGCAACCAUCCAAGAAAACAGUACAAAUAUUUGUAAAUGUCAUCAAAUUCAGUUUCAGUUUAUCCAAGUCCCUUACCCAAAUGUAUGAACCAUCAACUUGUGUUUAAAUUUAACUUGUGCCGGUUUGGGGAAUUUUCAGUAGCUACCAUCUGCCUAUUGAAUCUGAUUGUAUAUGGUUUAAAAACUUAUAUCACGUAUUUCUGGUUAAUAAAGAGCUCAGUGUGGUAUGACUAA